GACAGUACCGAGGGGUCAAAGACCAUCAAGAUGUCUUUUUUAUUCGACUGGAUCUACAGGGGGUUUAAUAGUGUUUUACAGUUCUUAGGUCUGUACAAAAAGUCUGGGAAGCUGGUUUUCCUGGGCCUGGACAAUGCUGGCAAAACAACACUCCUACACAUGUUAAAAGAUGACCGACUUGGCCAACACGUGCCAACGCUGCAUCCAACUUCUGAAGAGCUGACAAUCGGUGGGAUGACAUUUACGACAUUCGAUCUGGGAGGACAUGUGCAAGCUCGACGAGUGUGGAAGAACUAUCUGCCGGCUGUGAAUGGAGUCGUCUUUCUCGUAGACUGUGCGGAUCACGACAGGCUGACAGAGUCCAAGACUGAACUCGAUGCUCUCCUGGGAGACGAGACCAUUUGCAAUGUACCAGUGCUGGUGUUGGGUAAUAAAAUUGACCGUCCAGAGGCCAUCAGUGAAGGAGGACUGAGAGGAGCCUUUGCGCUUGAUGGUCAAGUUACCGGAAAGGGAAAUGUCUCUUUGAAGGAGCUGAACGUCCGACCGCUGGAGAUUUUCAUGUGCAGCGUGCUGAAGAAGCAAGGCUAUGGGGAAGGUUUCAGAUGGUUAUCACAGUACAUCGACUGACGCACAGGACUGAAGUUUAACCAGAAGGGAUUUCCUUGACACAUUUUCAUGAAGCGUGACAAAGAUUUUGUGUCUUUGCCAGUGUCAAUCAGCCCAAAUUUCAAACGGUAUUAUUAAGAGCGUACUAAAAGCAUAUUCUUUUUAAUACUAAUAGCAUUUAUUCAGGUUUUAAAGGUUUCUAUGCAAACUUUUAAAAGUGGUUCAUGGUGAACUGUCCUACGUGUGUUAUUAAUGUUAACUGAGUUGUAACGUGAACAGUCAUGCAUUAUGCAAGAAUGUAGAUAUGUACACAUCUGUGUUGCUUAAUUAUGGAAUAGACCAACUACUUGAGUGGGAAUUUAUUAGGAUGCAAGUGGUGAAAAUUAAGGAGUCACUGGUGGUUGGGAUGCGUAGUUUACUGCUUGUCUGACAUCGGAUGUAGAUUUUAAAAUUAGACAAAUAACUAAAUACAGAAGAUCAAUUUUAGUUUGUUUAAUCCUAUGCUAUGCAGUCACUGCCUUCAAAGCAUAUAGCCAAAGAUGUAUGCUAAUGACUUUCGGAUUAGCAGGGAGAGAGAUUUGGACUUCAACAAAAGAUAUCUUCCAUGCUGAGCUCUGAGCCAAAAUAAUGUCAAAUCCCCUUAAGACACCAUAAAAGAAGAAAAGACAGCGCGUCCCACAAAUAAAUGCAAAGAUGAUGGAGCAAACGGCGUCAAAUUGAACCGCUCACUGAUGAGUGUGCUGUGAAUAAUGUGCUUCUCACUUUCAGUGUCUUGAUGCAAUUGGCUUGUUUAUUUUUGCAUCUUGUCUUCUAUGCGUGGACCCAAAAGUGAAGUUACAUGUUGCGUUGAAGGGAUCUAAUUCGAAAUGUGUCAGCUGGACCAAAAUUAGUUUUCGUAAUUUAUCUUUGACUUUGAGGCUCUUCAAUGCAGAGCUCAAAGAUAAAAUGUCCGUGCAGAACUUUUCUGACUUUCAAUUGCUGUCCUUGCUUUAUUAUAUCAUGAAGGCUGUAAUAAUGUGUUGCCCUUAAAAUGUCAGGAAGCAAUAAAAUAGAAUGACCAACUGUACUGUAGCAGAGACUUAUAUUCCACUUUAUAUGAGUAAGCAAGAAUAAAUGUAGUUCUGAGCCUGUUUAUUGAAAUCAGUCAUUAAUGAAAUUAAUGGGUAAUUUAUCCUUUGUUAUUUAUUCCUUUAGUUAGAGCCUGAGCAAUAUAUGGGCAUGUAACCAGCAUGUAAGCUGUGCAACAGGGUUGAAGUGCUGCAGGUACUUUUUGACUAUCUUAAAAGAUAUGAGAGUGCACAUUAAUAUGUACUAUUCUAUUCUUAAUCUGUUCUUUGACUUUUACUGUUUGCUGCAUCCCAUGUUUACAGGGCAACAUUUUGAAUAUUUUACUUAUUAAUAUAUGCAGGGAUGUUUGUGACUGAGACAAAAAGAUACAUGUGAAACAGAUUUUAUACAAGGAAUCUUGGGUGUUUACUGAGAUGUGCAUGUAAACAAACUGCUUUUCCUUUGAACAGUGUUCUGUACCAGUUGCUGAAUCCUGUAAAUUAUGUAUAAAACAGUUGUAAAUGUUUGUACAGUAACUGCGCUUUAGCUGACAAUAUAAAGUACUGGAGUUAUUAGUAACUGACUGUAACUUGAAAUAAUUAUCUGUGCAAGCAGUUUGACCUUGAAUGACAACAUCCGCACAUAAA